GCAAAACCACACAUUGCAAACGUCGCCGUUUGAACAGCGGUCGUCGUUGCCCUAUUUAGGGCAAGAAAAAGUGAAGUGAAGUGAAGGUUCAAUGGCGUUGAAAUCAGUAUUCGAUUCUUCAGUGAUCAGGGGAGAAUUCGACAAAGCAGGAAUCAACAAUCGCUUCAUCCCUCUUAUUUGGAAGUAUGUAAUACAGAAUCCAGACUGCAAUUGGGAAGAUAUUCCAUCUUUGCCCUCGUCGGCUUACAGAUUGCUUCGUGCCAAGUUCAAAGCCUCAACUUCUGUUGUCCACUCUGUCUUCGAGUCAAACGAUGGAGUCACCACCAAGCUCCUCAUCAAGCUUCAGAAUGGAGCAUUUGUGGAGUCUGUGAUUAUGAGAUAUGACUCCAGCUUGGGGAAAUUAAAUGGAAAGCCCCGUCCAGGAGGACCAAGAUCAACCUUGUGUGUAUCCUCUCAGGUUGGAUGCAAAAUGGGCUGCACAUUCUGUGCUACAGGAACCAUGGGGUUCAAAAAUAACCUGUCUUCUGGAGAGAUAGUUGAACAGUUGGUGCAUGCCUCUCGUUUAUCAACCAUCCGUAAUGUUGUUUUCAUGGGAAUGGGGGAACCGUUGAACAACUACUCUUCCCUGGUGGAUGCCAUACGAGUCAUGACAGCAUCUCCAUUUCAGAUCUCUCCUAGAAAAAUUACAGUCUCAACGGUUGGAAUAAUUCAUGCCAUUAACAAGCUCCACAAUGACGUCCCAAAUUUGAACUUGGCAGUCUCUUUGCAUGCACCGGUGCAAGAUAUUCGUUGUCAGAUAAUGCCUGCAGCAAGAGCUUUUCCUUUGGAAAAACUCAUGAAUGCACUGCGAGAAUAUCAAACGAAAAGCCAGCAAAAGAUCCUUAUUGAAUAUAUUAUGCUUGAUGGAGUAAAUGAUGAGGAGCAGCACGCCCAUCAGCUUGGGAAACUGCUAGAAGCAUUUCAAGUGGUUGUGAAUCUCAUACCUUUUAAUCCAAUUGGAUCAUUAAGUCAAUUCAUUACCAGUACAAAUCAGAAAGUCACCAGGUUUCAGAAAAUAUUGAGGGAUAUCUAUAAUAUUCGCACAACUGUUCGCAAGGAAAUGGGUCAAGAUAUAAGUGGUGCCUGUGGUCAAUUGGUGGUUAAUCUACCAGAUAAACGCUCUAUCAGCAAUGCAGCUCCUCUAACAGACAUUGAGGAUAUUCGUAGGCAGUAGAGUUAUAGAAUUCUAUGUUAAAAGGAGAGACGAUUAGCAGCUCUAUCUACAGGAUCUAUAUUGCUUUCAGUCUUACUUGGCAGCAAGUUGCUGUUAGUCUCUGCCAAUCUAAGGUUGUAUUUAAGUUGAAUCUCACUUUUCAGAAGGCUUUUGUGGAAAGGUCUCAAGGGAGGAAUGAAGGAGCAUCACAGGCUCUAGGGAGAUGUAUUAUGAGCUAAUGUUUUUGUUUUCCUUUUUUUCAAAAUAGGAUAUGUAAUAUUUUUUAAAAUUAGAAAUCGCACUUAAGAGGCAUCGAUGUGUACAAGAAUAAGCUCAAAGAGAUG